CAUCCACAUGCCACGUUUAGCUGCUCGUGCUUCACAUUCCGUCUUCCAUUCGUUUUCACUCCUUUGCACGCCCAAGGCCGACUAUUUCAAGUGCUGGCGAUACCCACGGUGACGUUGUCUUGACUCAUAUGGAUUGAUGUCUCUGCUCGCUCGCGCCUGCCGUCUCUGUUCACCUCGAACUUUUUCUUUGCUGUACAAACGUGACUGUCCCUCACCAUCUCUUCUCCGCCCUUCCACUUCGAAUCUGCCAGCAACCAGCUCUCUGCCCGCUCUCACCGCGCAACUGCAUCGCAUGUCCACGACACACUCUCCACCCAACUUGCAAGAGCCGAGUCCAAAACGGCGGAAGCUUGAAAGACCUUCGCCUCGAUUCAUACACCCAUAUCGAACCAUGGCUUCGGAAUCAAAAUCAAAAUCAGUCCAACUUGAGUUGACAGAAGUGGAGUCCAAGCUGCGCCAACUGCUUCUCGACGUAGCCGCCUACAUAGACGAGUCGCCAGCCGUGUCGGAUGAGCCUACUGCCGUCAAGGUCCCUGAAGAGCUUGGGAAAGAGAAAGUUGUUCUACGCUGGACGGGAGGAUGGGUUCGAGACAAGCUGCUAGGGGUUGGGAGUCACGACAUCGACGUUGCCAUCAACAAAAUGACAGGCGAGAACUUUGGCCUCAAGAUACAGGAAUAUCUGGAGCUACCAGGGAACGCUGAAAAGUAUGGUCUGAUUGAAAAAGACGAGAAAACGAACAACCUCAGUGGGACAGAGAAGGCCAAGAGGAUUGCCCCUGGUCUGCACAAGAUUGCGGCCAAUCCAGAAAAAUCAAAGAACCUCGAAACCGCCAAUACCAAAAUUCUGGGCAUUGAGAUAGAUCUAGUCAACCUCAGGAAGGAAGUCUACAACGAAAUCUCUCGCAAUCCGGAGAUGGAGUUUGGCACUGCCGAGGAGGAUGCUGUGCGUCGCGACGCUACGAUAAAUGCCAUGUUCUACAACCUACAUACGUGCCAGGUCGAGGACUUUACAGGACAGGGAUUCGACGACAUGGCUGCUCACAUCAUUCGCACACCGUUGGAGCCCUUUCAGACGUUCAAGGAUGAUCCGUUACGAGUACUUCGCCUCAUCCGGUUUUCUAGUCGUCUGGACUACACUAUCGAGCCGGAAACGGCAAAAGCUAUGGGAGAUCCAACGAUUCAAGACGUCCUGAAGAUCAAGAUCAGCCGUGAACGAGUUGGGAUCGAGCUCGAGAAGAUGCUCAAAGGCCCACGACCUCGCAUGGCUUUGGAGCUCAUCGAUCGCUUUGGCCUUUACCAGACUGUCUUCACCGACCCAACCAGGGAGCUUCCAUGCAAGCCAGAUACGGAAUACUUUCAGCCGGCGUACGAUUUCGUUCAAUCUGUUCUCCAGAAAAACGAUGGUAUCCCCGCAGCGAUUCACGACACCCUCCUGCGGGAUCGAGAUGAGCAAUACCUCGCCUGGAUCUGUGCUACAGUAGUUCCAUGGGCUGAUGCGCCUACUGUGCCCCACCACAAACCACUACAGAGGCCUUUCUUCCCUGCUUACCUCGUCGCACGCGAGGGAUUCAAAGCUCCAAAUAAAGUCUGCGAUGUGAUCGCUGCUUCUCUUACCAAUAGCGAGGAGAUUCACAAACUCGUAUUCCAGUGUGCAAAGGGUCUUCGACAGCCCAAUACCAUGAGUCCAUCAGAUGAUCCAACGGCUAGAGACACACUAGGAAUGGCCGUCCGUCGCUGGGGCUCAACAUGGAGAACACAAGUGCUAUUCAACAUGAUCCACGAAGUUGUGCUUGGCCAGGUCUCCAAAGAGCAAAUCCUCAGUUCAUACGCUGCUUUCAUCACGCACUUGGCCAAGCUCAACAUCCUCGACGCAGACACCUUCAAACCCCUCCUCAAAGGCACCGACCUGGCAAAAGCCCUCAACACCAAACCAGGCCCGUGGAUGAAAGACGCUCUCGACGUAGUCAUGGCUUGGCAACUCCGCAACCCAGACUCGACCGACUCCGCUGCCGCUAUCGAGGCAGUCAAAGCCAACAGGGAUACUAAGAGUGACAGUGAGCUUCCCUUCCGCCUCGCGUCGCACUUUCUGAAGCUUACCAUUCCACCUUUGUUUCCACAGUAUAAGUCGACCCUGAGCACUCUGGAAGCGUCAAGGCAACCCGCGCCCUGGAAAAAGGUCGAAAACCAGUACGCUCUAGACCUGCUGAGGUGGUCUAUCGGGGCGCUGGAUGGGAAGGAGGUGGAAGCAAACUGGCAGUUCCUAGUCCCGCCGAUACUCAAAAUGAUGGACGACAUGGACGUGGCGUGGAAAGCAAAAGGAUGCCAAUUCCUCAAUCUACUACUCGAGAGUCUGCGCCAGCCGCGCACCAAGAAUCCCUCCUCAACACAAAAACACACCCCAAAUCAAAACUUCCUCCACCGCACAGGCUACCACAACGUCUUUGCCCAAACCCUCUGGCCGCUCUUCUCAUACCUCCCCUCCCUAACCCCCGAACCCGACUCAGCAACCCUCUUCAACGAGGCUUUCCCCGCACUCACUUCCCUCGCCCUGCUCCUGCCCCCAGACACCACCACCACGGACAAACAACCCCGCACAUCCUUCCUAGACACCCUCCUCCGCACAGCCGUCCUAGCCCCCUUGUCCCACUUCCCCACCCCCGCCGCACACCCAGCGCUCACAACUACAAUCCUCACCCAUCUACCCCCCCUCCUGUCACUGCUGGGAAUCAACGCAGUUAAACACCUCCCCGCGCUCCUCCCCCUGCUCACGGCUAUCCUAAAAGACCCCUUCGCCCUCGCGCACACACGCCUCGUCGCCGCCACGCUCAGGGCGCUGCACGCCGUUGUGAUGAAUGCCUGGCCGAGAGUGCCGGGGCAUAGGGGCACGCUUAUGUUGGGGCUUUGCGUGUUGUGGGCGCGGUGUGGCGAGGCUGAUGGUGAUAGUGGUGAGGCGGUGGAAGAAGUAAAGCGGCUACUUCUGGAGAGCGUCGAGAUGCUGGACGCGGUUAUGCGGGCGUUGGACGAAAGUGACGCGCGACGAGUGGCGUGGGCGCAGGAGAAAGUAGAUAUUAUACAUGCGUCGGCGGCGCAGGGGCGGCUUUUGGGUGUAGAGGGGUGUGUGUAGAUAGCUAGCUAGUUGGCUGGUUCCCGUCCCGUCACAUCAUCGUGUUGGAAAGAUAUAUAAGCGGACUUUGUUCUUUCUCU